GGGAGACCCACUACUGCUACUGCCACUGCUCUGUCAGGACUGAACUGUAAGAGGAGAAGAGAGCGACUUGAUUUGGGCUUUUUUUGCAUGGAAAAACGCAUGAAACCGCCGGCAUGUGUGCAUUAAGAGUUGUUGUCUGCCGAGCGCAUUGCAGGCUAUCGAGAUCAUUCCUGAGAAUGACCAUCCAGAAUGGCACCCUGAUAUCUGCCAGAGAGUGCUCUCAGGCAGGGAAUAAGAGAAACACACUGAGAUGGGACCUGACCCCAGAUGACAUCAGGACCAGGACAGACAGCCUGAUUAACAGAGUAAAGGCGGUCUAUGAUGACAUCGGAUCUCUAAAGAUAGAAAAUGUUUCUGUUGAAAACACCCUGAAAGCCUUGGCUUGUGCGAAGCUGGAGUAUGCAUCAUCUCUCCAUGUCCUCGAUUUCCCCCAGUAUGUGUGUCCCUCUAAAGAGGUUCGGGCAGCGAGCACCGAGGCAGACAAGAAACUGUCUGAGUUUGAUGUGGAGAUAAGUAUGAGGGAAGAUGUGUUCCAGCGAAUUACAGCCUUGCAGAAAAAAGUCCAAGACAACCUCUCACCUGAAGAAAAGAGAUUCUUAGACAGACUUGUUACAUUAGGCAGGCGGAAAGGACUACACCUAUCGAAAGACGUACAAGAGGAAAUAAAAAGAACCUCCAAGCUCAUUAGUGAACUCUCCAUAGAGUUUAACAGGAACCUGAAUGAGGACAACACCUUUCUUGUUUUUUCUGAGCAGGAGUUGGGUGGGCUGGCUGACAGCUACCUCAAUGCACUGGAUAAGACAGCAGAUGGGCGGUUUAAAGUGACACUUGAAUAUCCACACUACUUCCCCCUGAUGAAGAGGUGUCACAAUCCCGAGACCAGGAGGAAGAUGGAAACGGCUUUUCACAGCAGGUGUAAAGAGGUGAACACAGCGAUCCUCGAACAAUUAAUUCAGCUGAAGGCAAAGGUCGCAGACUUGCUCGGUUAUAGCAGCCACGCCGACUAUGUGCUGGAGAUUAACAUGGCCAAAAAUGCAAGCAAUGUGUCUGACUUCCUAGAGAAAUUCUAUGAAACGCUGAAGCCAGUUGGAAUCAAAGAGAGAAAAUACAUUCUUGCGCUAAAGAAGCGAGAGUGCUUGAUGAAGGGCUUCCACUUUGACGGACAGAUCAACGCCUGGGACUUACCCUACUACAUGAAUCAAGUGGAGCAGUGCAAGUUCGCUGUGAACAAGGACAAACUCAUCGAGUAUUUCCCGCUGGAUGUGGUGACAGAGGGACUCUUUGGUAUCUACCAGGAGCUGCUGGGUCUCACGUUCACAGAGGUGGAACACGCGCAUGUGUGGCAUGAAAAUGUCAAGCUUUAUUCAGCCCGAGACACUGAGACAGGAGAGGAGAUUGGCCAGUUCUACCUGGACUUACAUCCGAGGGAGGGAAAAUUUGGCCACGCAGCAUGCUUCGGGCUCCAGCCCGGCUGCAGAGGACCUGAUGGGAAACGCAGGCUUCCGGUGGCGGCUAUGGUGGCUAACUUUACCAAGCCCAGAAAAGGUUGGCCGUCUCUCCUCCAGCACCAUGAAGUGGAGACUUAUUUCCACGAGUUUGGACAUGUGAUGCACGAGCUCUGUUCAAAGACCACUUUCUCAGAGUUCAGUGGAACCCAGGUGGAGACAGACUUUGUUGAGGUGCCUUCGCAGAUGCUUGAGAACUGGGUUUGGGAGAAGGAGCCUCUGAGAAGAAUGUCUCGCCACUACAAGGAUGGCAGCCCGAUCCCAGACAAUCUGCUCGACAAACUGAUUGCAUCCAGAGUCGCCAACACUGGACUGAUGAACCUGCGUCAGGUAGUCCUCGGCAAAGUGGACCAGACGCUACACACCAGCUCUCGUGCAGACACAGCUGAGGUGUUUGCAAAGUACUGCAAGGACAUCCUGGGUGUUCCUGCAACACCAGGUACCAAUAUGACGGCCGGUUUCGGCCACCUGGCUGGAGGAUACGAUGGUCAGUACUACAGCUAUCUGUGGAGUGAAGUCUACUCCAUGGACAUUUAUUUCAGUUGUUUUAAAAAGGAAGGCAUCAUGAAUCCAAAGGUUGGGAGAGAGUACAGAAGGGUGAUUCUGGAGGCUGGUGGCUCUGUGGAUGGAAUGGACAUGCUGAAAACCUUCCUGGGACGCAGCCCGUGCCAGGACGCCUUCUUUCAGAGCAAAGGACUCAUUAAGUCACAGGAAACACACACAUAAUCUGAUUUAGUCUUUUUGAAAAAGCAAGGCAUACUUUUAGUUAUAGAAAUAUGUCUCUAAAUGUUUUAUUACUUUUCUACCUGAUGAUUGCACCUGUUGUUUUUGUUAAAAUGUAAAGUAGACAGUGGAGGUUUCGCAUGAUGAUAUGUACAGUGGGCCUUUUUAGCAGCAAACUUUUUAGCUUGAUAUAAAAAAAACAAAGGAGUUACAUGCCCCCACUCCAAUAAAUAAAGUACA